GCAUCAUAUAUUAUAUCUCCAUUUGCCUUUAGAUGGAUAAGAGCUGAGAUAGAUGCCAUUAGUGGGUAAACAAAGGCCGAGACAGAGCUGCGAGCUUCGAGAAGUGCAUGCUCCACUUCUGGGCCACGAGCUGCGCUAAGUAAAUACGCUGUGUUUUCGAUGGCUCGCCCAGCACAUGAAUAUCCUUCACACACAUCCUGUUUGAGGGCGACCACACCUAUGUCAGAAAAGUCUCCUUCAGAAGCUGCCCGGCCGUUCUCUCCAUUACUUCACUAUUAUCAGAAGCUGUAAUCAGUAGAGCGCUGGCUGAUCCCAGAUCUGUUCGGAUCUUUUGUGGAGGGUCGUGCCAGAGCCCCGUAGACCCGAGUGACCAUUUCAGCAAGACCAUGCCCACACACAUGUGUCCUGCAGUUCAGAGGGCGAGACCCUCAUCAGUGGGAAACAAUGGAUGUUGACAAGAGUUCAUCAGAACUCGACUGCAGAAUUGAUAAGGGCGCUUGUGGGCCGAGCUACGGGCAGCGAAACUCCGCAGCGAUAUCCCUGCAGGCUUCAGAGCCCUGCCCAUUUCCAACAUCGCUAUAUGUGCGCACACAAAUAUAUUUUGCAGCUCAUUGCUGAUGGUAAUGCUAUUGGAGUGUGGAAUACUGCACAAACAUUCAGGAACGACGACUGCCUAAUUAGGCAAAAAUAAACAAAAAAAGGCCGAAGGACAUUAGCAAGGUCUUCAGCUUGUCUGAUCAAGAUGGGAAUUAGGCAAUCCCUUGACAUAACAGUACCAGAGAAGGAACAUGGUGAGAAAAAAGUUCAAAAUGGUGCACCAAACGGACACGCUUUGUCUGGACCGGAUUUGCCUGAUGCUGUAUCUCUUGAAGUAUCAGUGCAACAAAAUAGUGAACCGCCAGCCAAAAUUCAAACAGAUAUUGCACUGCCAACACCAGAACCAGUACCAGCUGCAGUCAUAUCUGUGGAAGUAUCACCUGAUCCAGCAGUUCCAGCAGAAACCAUCAUACUAACCAACACAGAGACACCAAAACUAGCUCAGACAGGAAACUUCUUCAAGAUGUUCAAGAAGAAAAACGAACCAGUGAUUCCUGAACCAGAGGUAACCCUUGACGUAUCAGUGCAGCAGAACAGUGAACUGCCGGCCUUGAUUCUAACAGAUAAUGCACUGCCAACACCAGAACCAGUACCAGCUGCAGUCGUAUCUGUGGAAGUAUCACCCGAUCCAGCAGUUCCAGCAGAAACCAUCACACUAACCAACACAGAGACACCAAAACCAGUUCAGACAGCAAACUUCUUCAAGAUGUUUAAGAAGAAGAAUGAUCCAGUGAUUCCUGAACCAGAGGUGUCCCUUGACGUACCAGUGCAGCAGAACAGUGAACCACCGGCCAUGAUUCUAACAGAUAAUGCACUGCCAACACCAGAACCAGUACCAGCUGCAGUCGUAUCUGUGGAAGUAUCACCUGAUCUAGCAGUUCCAGCAGAAAUGAUCACAAUAACCAACACAGAACCACCAAAACCAGUUCAGAAACCAAGUCUCUUCAAUAGGUUCAAGAAGAAGAACGAACCAGCGAUUCCUGAACCAGAGGUGUCCCUUGACGUAUCAGUGCAGCAGAACAGUGAACCGCCGUCCAUAAUUCUAACAGAUAAAGCACUGCCAACACCAGAACCAGUACCAGCUGCAGUCGUAUCUGUGGAAGUAUCACCUGUUCCAGCAGUUCCAGCAGAGACCAUCACAAUAACCAACACAGGAACACCAAAACCAGCUCAGAAACCCAGUCUCUUCAAUAGGUUCAAGAAGAAGAACGAACCAGUGAUUCCUGAACCAGAGGUGUCCCUUGACGUAUCAGUGCAGCAGAACAGUGACCUGCCAACCAUGAUUGAAACAGAUAAUGCACUGCCAGCACCAGAACCAGUACCAGCUGCAGUUGUAUCUGUGGAAGUAUCACCUGAUCCAGCAGUUCCAGCAGAAACCAUCACACUAACCAACAUAGAACCACCAAAACUAGCUCAGAAACCCAGUCUCUUCAAUAGGUUCAAGAAGAAGAACGAACCAGUGAUUCCUGAACCAGAGGUGUCCCUUGACGUAUCAGUGCAGCAGAACAGUGAACCACCGGCCAUGAUUCUAACAGAUAAUGCACUGCCAACACCAGAACCAGUACCAGCUGCAGUCGUAUCUGUGGAAGUAUCACCUGAUCUAGCAGUUCCAGCAGAAAUGAUCACAAUAACCAACACAGAACCACCAAAACCAGUUCAGAAACCCAGUCUCUUCAAUAGGUUCAAGAAGAAGAACGAACCAGCGAUUCCUGAACCAGAGGUGUCCCUUGACGUAUCAGUGCAGCAGAACAGUGAACCGCCGUCCAUAAUUCUAACAGAUAAAGCACUGCCAACACCAGAACCAGUACCAGCUGCAGUCGUAUCUGUGGAAGUAUCACCUGUUCCAGCAGUUCCAGCAGAGACCAUCACAAUAACCAACACAGAAACACCAAAACCAGCUCAGAAACCCAGUCUCUUCAAUAGGUUCAAGAAGAAGAACGAAUCAGUGAUUCCUGAACCAGAGGUGUCCCUUGAAGUAUCAGUGCAGCAGAACAGUGACCUGCCAACCAUGAUUGAAACAGAUAAUGCACUGCCAACACCAGAACCAGUACCAGCUGCAGUCGUAUCUGUGGAAGUAUCACCUGUUCCAGCAGUUCCAGCAGAGACCAUCACACUAACCAACAUAGAGCCAAUAAAACCAGUUCAGAAACCCAGUCUCUUCAAUAGGUUCAAGAAGAAAAAUGAACCAGCGAUUCCUGAACCAGAGGUAACCCUUGAUGUAUCAGUGCAGCAGAACAGCGAAUUGUCAGCCAUGAUUGAAACAGAUAAUGCACUACCAGCACCAGAACCAGUACCAGCUGCAGUCGUAUCUGUGGAAGUGUUACCUGAUCCAGCAGUUCCAGCAGAAACCAUCAUACUAACCAACACAGAGCCACCAAAACCAGUUCAGACAGCAAACUUCUUCAAGAUGUUCAAGAAGAAGAACGAACCAGUGAUUCCUGAACCAGAGGUAUCUCUUGACAUAUCAUUGCAGCAGAACAGUGAACCACCGGCCAUGACUGAAACAGAAAAUGCACUGCCAACACCAGAACCAGUACCAGCUGCAGUCGUAUCUGUGGAAGUAUCUCCUGAUCCAGCAGUUCCAGCAGAAACCAUCACACUAACCAACAUAGAACCACCAAAACCAGCUCAGAAACCCAGUCUCUUCAAUAGGUUCAAGAAGAAGAACGAACCAGUGAUUCCUGAACCAGAGGUGUCCCUUGACGUAUCAGUGCAGCAGAACAGUGAACUACCAGCCAUGAUUCUAACAGAUAAUGCACUGCCAACACCAGAACCAGUACCAGCUGCAGUCGUAUCUGUGGAAGUAUCACCUGAAAUAGCAGUUCCAGCAGAAAUGAUCACAAUAACCAACACAGAACCACCAAAACCAGUUCAGAAACCCAGUCUCUUCAAUAGAUUCAAGAAGAAGAAUGAACCAGUGAUUCCUGAACCAGAGGUAACCCUUGAAGUAUCACUGCAGCAGAACAGUGAACUGCCAAUCAUGAUUGAAACAGAUAAAGCACUGCCAACACCAGAACCAGUACCAGCUGCAGUCGUAUCUGUGGAAGUAUCACCUGAUCCAGCAGUUCCAGCAGAAACCAUCACACUAACCAACAUAGAACCACCAAAACCAGCUCAGAAACCCAGUCUCUUCAAUAGGUUCAAGAAAAAGAACGAAGCAGUCAUUCCAGAACCAGAGGCGUCCCUUGACGUAUCAGUGCAGCAGAACAGUGAACCGCCGACCAUGAUUGAAACCGAUAAUGCACUGCCAACACCAGAACCAGUACCAGCUGCAGUCGUAUCUGUGGAAGUAUCACCUGAUAAAGCAAUCCCAACAGAAACCAUCACAAUAACCAACACAGAGACACCAAAACCAGUUCAGAAACCCAGUCUCUUCAACAGAUUCAAGAAGAAGAACGAACCAGUGAUUCCUGAACCAGAGGUAACUCUUGAAGUAUCAGUGCAGCAGAACAGUGAAGCACCUGCCGUGACCCAAACAGAUAACACACUGCCAGCACCAGAACCAGUACCAGCUGCAGUCGUAUCUGUGGAAGUAUCACCUGAUCCAGUAAUCUCCAUCACACCAGCCAAUAAAGAGCCACCGAAACUAGUUAAGAAACCCAGUCUCUUCAAUAGGCUCAAGAAGAAGAAUGAACCAGUGAUUCCAGAACCAGAGGUAUCCCUUGAAGUAUCAGUUCAGCAGAACAGUGAAGCACCUGCCGUGACCCAAACAGAUAAUGCACUGCCAGCACCAGAACCAGUACCAGCUGCAGUCGUAUCUGUGGAAGUAUCACCUGAUCCAGUAAUCUCCAUCACAUCAGCCAAUAAAGAGCCACCAAAACCAGUUCAGAAACCCAGUCUCUUCAAUAAGUUCAAGAAGAAGAAUGAACCAGUGAUUCCUGAACCAGAGGUAACCCUUGAAGUAUCAGUGCAGCAGAACAGUGAAGCAUCUGCCGUGACUCUAACGGAUAACCCACUGCCAACACCAGAACCAGUACCAGCUGCAGUCGUAUCUGUGGAAGUAUCACCUGAUAAAGCAAUCCCAACAGAGACCAUCACACUAACCAACACAGAAACACCAAAACCAGCUCAGACAGGAAACUUCUUCAAGAUGUUUAAGAAGAAGAACGAACCAGUGAUUCCUGAACCAGAGGCUAAUGUAGCUGAAGUACCUGAAGAACUGAUAGUUCCAGAAAUGCAGACCGAUGGCCAGAAGUCUGAGCCUCCUGACAUAAAGGGAAGUACACAGGCUGAGAAAGUGCCACAGGGCGAAUCGCUCAGUCCCAGCGCCGCUGAGGUCGACGAAGACUCAAGUUCUCAACCGGAGGAGAGCGAAGCAGAGGAAAAUCCAGUUAUGAACUUUUUCAAAACUCUUGUGAGUCCGACCAAAGCCACCAAAGAAGCAGCGGCUGCUCCCGAUGCCUCCAAAGACCAGUCACAGAAGGAGACCCCGUCGGCCCCCACGCCAAACGUACCGGAACCAAUGAAGGUGCCCCCUCCUCCGCCGCCGGCACCUCCAAAGAUGGAGAGCAAAGCAGAACCAGCCAUAAAGAAAGAGGAGCCACCAGCUGCAGAAGCAGCAGCAGCAGCAGCUGGAAAGGAGACCCCAAGCAGGGCUAAAGCUAAAGCUAAAGACAGCCCGUUCGGCAAGCUCUUCCGUCCAAAGGCGUUGCUAGGCAAGGUGGUGUCGAAAGUUCAGGCAGCAACAGCGAGCGGAGCCAGCGCCCCCUCCAAGACCUCAGCGCCGUCUGAGGUGAAGGAAGAAGCACAGCCAGUUGAGGUGCAGGUAGAUGCAUCCAAAACCAGCACCCUCGAGGCAGCCGCCAAACCAGAGCCCCCUCCGGCCCCCAAGCCAGAGGAGAAGAAGUCGGAGAAGAAGCCCUCGCCCUUUGCCAACCUGCUCAAACCAAAGGUACUGCUAGGACAAGUGAGCUCCAAGAUCCGGGCAGCUGCAUCCAGUGCUGCAGCCAGCGUGUCCCUUGCUACUGGAGGAGCGGCUGCAGAACCCAAGAAAGAAGCCCCGGCAGCAGCAGCUCCCGCAGUCCCCGAUCCCGCUGCAAGCGCCAAGGCCAAAGAAGAGCCCAAGCCUGCUGCCACUGCCGCCGCCACUGCUGCUGUCACUGCAGCCGCCCCAGACAACAAGUCGGUGGGUAGUGCGGAUAACCCUUCGCCCAGUAUCCCCCGCAAGCUAGAGAAGAGGAACUCCAUCCAGCUGUUCUUCAAAAAUCUGGGUCAGAAACGUCACUCUGACGCCGGAGUGCAGACGGAGGCCGUGGCACCGGAGAAGGCCAAGUAAAAAAAGCCCUGCAUUCCAUCAUCUGCAAAUAAGAAGCAAAAAAAAAAAAAAAACCUCUGCCUGUAUAUAGGAAUCCGUAUGUAUCUGAAUGUCCCGACCUGGGCAGGGUUUAAUCCCUUCCAAGAUGAACUGAAAACAGAAAGUGAAGUCUGAUAAAUUCCCAUCUUUCCUCUGAUUAAUUAUCAAAAGCAAGUGCUUAAGCCACUCAGAUAUACUCUGUAGGUGGUUGGUUCUUUAUAUACUGUAUACUUUACACACACUGAAAAAAACUAUGCGUAAAAUUUACUUUAAAAAAAAGUUUAGCAACUUUCUGCAUUCGCUUUUUUUUAAGUAAAUAUAAUUUCAUAUA